AUGGUAAAAAAGAAAAGUAAUUACCACAUUCUUGUUGCCCAAAACUUUCUAUCAAACAUCAGUGUCGAUGGCAGCCACCAGGAUACUAAUCUACGAAUAUUUCAAGCAAAAGGACUACCAAAGUUAUCUUCGGAAAAAAAGUUUUCGAAUGGAGCUAGCUCGUCGGCAACCGUUCGGAACAAUGAAUCAGUCAUCUCACUUGGAACUUCGACUUCUCUCGGUGAAAGAUUGAGUUCAUCUAAUUUGCCGUUCGAGUAUACAGAAAGCGAUCAACAUGAUGAUGUGAUUUAUUCUAUGACUUCAACAAACAGUCGAACGCCGAUUCUUGAAGAGGGGAUGAACCGAGAAGAUAUUGGACUCGUCGAGUUUCGGUCAGAAUCUCCAUCUUGCUCUUCAAACCAAUUCAGUUUUUUGAAACGACUGAAAAGCACUAUCACACAUGCAGACAGGUUUUACAUCUCCACUGCUGCAAGUGGUCACCCGUUUGCUGUCUACUCCUACCUAUCACCUAACAAUGAUUACGUCGAUCCGCUGGCACCGAUUUUCGCUAACACCACCGUCAAUAAGAAAAAGUUUCGGUCAAAGUCAAUAUUCGGAAGUUCUGAUCGGGUACGUCAUCAAACGUCUACGGAAGAAUUACGUCCAUUCGUUUUCCGGGAUCCCGAUGACCAAGUGAUUCUAGGACAAACUCGAAGAAAGCGAAAUCCUUCUCCCUUUUUCACGCUUUUUGAUAAACCACCAGUCCAGAUUUCAAGAAAAGAUCGAAGGGAAAGUUUCCGCAAUGGUGACAUAUCCGAGGAUCUGUUUGCUGAAAGUAUCGAAGUACCUCAGACAGUUAAUAGAGAACCGAGUUAUGAAAGGGGAACAUCAGUCGAAGAUAAGUACGACUUAGAUGUGAGCCGAUCUGAUGAACCGUCGGAAAUCGUAGAAGAGUACGAUCCAACAAUUUUCUCUGAGUUGGGUAUUGGUAAAAGAACUGUCAUUCGUCAUGAAGGAUUCAUCGCAAGUACACUCCACUGUGAAUCAGCUGAACGGUCGAAACAAGUCAUGAAUGAGGAUUUUGAAAUCAAGUACCCUCUGAUUCACUUGACGCUGAGUAAAAUGAAAAGUCUGAAACGGGAAAUGGCAUUACUAGGAAAAUCGAACGAAGUCGAUGUAUACACGGUAGCUACUGCAUUUGUGUAUUUCGAAAAGAUUAUAGGAAAGGGUCUGAUUUCUAAAGUGAAUCGGAAGUGUGUAGCUGGAGCGUCUCUUCUCAUUGCUCUCAAAAUGAACGACUACAAAAAAACAACUAUCAAGAAUUACAUUGAUGAAGCGGAGGAGCAACUUCGAGAACAGAAAUCAGAUCUUCUAGCUUACGAAUUACCUAUUUGUUCCGUUUUACAGUUCAAGUUGCAGCCUAGCAUUGAAGAGAUUCAACCACAUGUAGAUAGAUUACAGUUCGAAAUGUAA